AUGUCAGAAGGACACAUCCCGGCAUGGAAAAGAAUUGCUAUAAAAAAGACAUCCGCAGAAAAUAAUGGCGACGAUUUUAUUUCAGAAGAUCCAUUAAAUGUUACCACCCAUUUGUCUACGGGUUACCUUACAAAGAAAGAGAAAAAACGUAUAAUACAGGGUGAUAGUGCAAAGGUUGCUACUAGUAAGAAAGUUUCUAAGCCUGGAAAGAAAGAGAAAAAGAGGGACAAAUUACCAAAGGAAGAAAGACUUUUGAAGAAAAAUCUGGUUUUGAAAGACCAACUUCGUUAUUUGAUUGAUUUCUACAAGAAAAAAAUCUCUGCAGAAUUACCUGAAGAAAUAAUUGCAUUAGAAAAUGUGAAGGCAAACAUUGUGGAUGGUACUGCGACCGCUUCAAAUGAACCCAAGGAUGAAAAUGCUGUCGUCGAAUUAUGGAAAUUCUCAAAACAAAAGCAAAAUUGGCUGAUCAAACAUUUUUUCAAUAUUGAAGAAAUUCCAAGUGAAUACAAUGAGAUGUUAGUAUCAUAUUUCAAGGACCUACAAGGCAGAUCCAGAACAGACCUUUUAGAAAAAUGUUUAGCGCAACUAAAAGCUUGGAAUGCGUAUGCAGAAGAACAGGAACAAAAAAUCAAGUCAAUUGUGGAAGAUAGCGAUAAGGAGAAGGAACCAGAGGUUGAAAACGAAAAAAAAUUAAAGGUGGUGAUGAAGAUGCUGAAAAACCUUCAGAGGAAAAUAAAGAAUUAG